AUGGUGCCACUCCUCCAGGGUAAUGCAGUGCCCCCAGUGCCUCGCCAGACUCUCUGUGCCGUGUUGUGGAACAUGUCUUCGGGGUGUCUGGAGUUGACGGUGUCCUUGUGUAGCUCUGCAGGGCCUCAUCGGACCAUGGAGGGCUUCUUGGGCGCAUCAAGGCGUAUCCGUCAAGGCGUAUCCAUCAAGGCGUAUCCAUCAAGGCGUAUCUGUCAAGGCGUAUUCAUCAAGGCGUAUCCAUCAAGGCGUAUCCGUCAAGGCGUAUCCAUCAAGGCAUAUCCGUCAAGGCGUAUCCGUCAAGGCAUAUCCAUCAAGGUGUAUCCGUCAAGGCAUAUCCGUCGAGGCGUAUCUGUCAAGGCGUGUCUGUCAAGGCAUUUCUCAAGGCAUAUCUGUCGAGGGGUAUCUGUCAAGGCGUUUCUCAAGGUAUAUCUGUUGAGGUGUAUCCAUCAAGGUGUAUCUGUCAAGGUGUGUCUGUCAAGGGGUAUCAAGGCCGCCCCAGGGUGUUGGAGACAAACAGACAGAGACUACGUGUAUCAAUAUUUACUUCAACUCGUUUUUGCGCCUUGGGUCAGUUUUGUUUACUUUAUUUUUGUGCUUCGUCUCAAAUUUUUACUUUCAUUUUUGUCCUUUAGCUGGUUUUUUGUUAUUGUUUUUGUCCUUUGGCUGGUUUUGUUUAUUUUUUACCUCAGUUCAAUUUUUACUUUUAUUUUUGUCCUUCAGUUCAAUUUCUACUUUAAUUUUUGUGCCUCAGCUAAUUUUUUUCCCUUCAUUUUUGCAUCUCAGCUAAUUUAUACUUUCAUUUUUCUCAUAUCUGCUCAAUUUUUCCCUUUCAUUUUUGUAUCUCAGCUCAACUUUUUACCUGGUAUUUAUGCACCUCAUCUAAUUUAUACUUUCAUUUUUCUCAUAUCUGCUCAAUUUUUCCUUUUCAUUUUUGUACCUCAGCUCAACUUUUUACCUGGUAUUUAUGCACCUCAUCUAAUUUAUACUUUCAUUUUUCUCAUAUCUGCUCAAUUUUUCCCUUUCAUUUUUGUACCUCAGUUCAAAUUCAACAUUCAUUUUUGCAUCUCGGCUCAAUUUUUCCUUUCAGUCUUGUACCUCGACCCAAUGUGAUUAUGUUCGUGUUCAUAUUCCACUCAAGUUUCCCCGAGCCGCUGUUUCCCUGAUGCGAGUAGCGACUUUAAUGGUCUGCACGAAGGUGGGACUUGCCAGGCUGCUUCAGUGUAGGCAGCAGCACUGGGCUUGUUGGUCCUUCUCAGACUUAGGGACUAGUAAGCACAGUUCUGCCCCUCAUAGAAAUAAGUCUCAUGUUCCCCACUGGUGCACACAUCCUAGUAGUGUUUGUAUGACUGAGUGGCAGUGGUGGUGGUGGUGGUGGAGAGUCAUCACCCCUCCUUCCACACCACCACCAUCAAGGAUGUUGCUGAUGGAUCCACUGCAGUGUAUUCCAGCAAGUUGAGAAUACAUCAUGCAUACCAACAUACAUACAUACAUGCAUACCUUAGCCGUGAUUUUUGUACAUACAUCGUGUGUGUGCGUGUGUGUGUGUUUGUGUGUGCGUGUGUGCGUGCGUGCCUGUGUUGGUGUAUGUAUGUAGUUAGUUAAUCAUUUGUACAUAUAUGCAUACACUAACACACUCAUGCACUAACCAGUACCACUAUUAUGCAAAUAAAUGGAUUAACUGUUACUGGGCACGGAGGAAAGUCUUGAUCCAGGCCACUGUUUUGUUUGUGGGUCUACAGGGACGGGUGGCCGGCCUGGCAGCCUCGUGCUCAGCGGCGCCAACGCUCCACCGAUGGGAGGCUGUUUGGGUCACAGUUGAGUGUUGUUUUAUUUGUAGGAAGGAAAGGGAGUUACAGGGACUGAUUUUUUGCAUGGCAGGUUUUAUGUUUGAUGAUGUUUAUGGCCCACUGAAGGAGAUUUUUGUGUCUAAAGGGCCGUCACACUGGGCAAAGUUGAUGAGCAGUGAGCUUGGCUGGCGGGCAUUUGCCUGCUGGAUGUCCUGCUCAAGAGGUGUGGCAGCCAUUUUGGGGUUUAGGUUGGGUUGUCUAGAUUGGGAAUGGCUCGGUCAACAUUUAGAAUGAUACAUUUAUUGAAUGCAGAUGCAUAUAAUAUUGUACUUGUAACUCACUCCAAGAACAAUGUUUUUGGUUAAAGUCAUAUUUGUUUUCUAUUUGUUGACUGCAGUCUCAGUAAAGACAAGCCAUGGUUCCCUUUACAACCAAGAGUAAUGCAAGCAUAUGAGUCCUGUGGAACUCCAGUGCCAUACCGUGUCAUGGCAAGGGUGAGGGACCAGGGUGGAAGAAAGCGUCACCCUUCAUCCCUCAAGGGUGUUGUAGGCACCUCUGGGUGUCCGCUCUCAGCAGCCAGGACUGAACCCUCACACAUUUGAGGCAUCCACAGAAGGGGUGUGAGGGACAAAGCCAUUUUCUUUUAGUUUGCACUGGGAAAGGCAGGCCAGGCCACACAUCCCAGGAAGAACAAGAAAACAGAUUGCAAGGGAAAAGUGACCUUGUAUCUGGUGUACUGAGGGUUACUUUUCCCUUGCAACUUCUACCUUGUUCUUCUUGAGAUGUGUAGCCUGGCCUGCCUUUCCCAGUGUAUAACAGAAAAAUAUGGCUUUGCCCCCCAAGCUCCUCCUCCUCCGGACUCCUCAUUUACCCUCCACAGGUCCUGCAGGCCAAGGCAGGGUUGCAGCAGCUGCUUGCCUCACUGCAGGUACUAGAGUGGAGGGAAGAGAUGCCAUGGUGAGGACUUUCUUUACAUCUGUCUUUGCUUGGCACUCGUGGCUCAUCAAAGUGUGAGGA